GGAACACACCAUGGCUACAGGUGGAGGUUUUAAACUGCUCAUCCGUACGAAAAAAGUGUGGUCUAGACGUGGUGAUGAUGUCACACUGGGCUGUCACCUCUCUCCUGCGACCAGUGCUGUUGCCAUGGAGAUCAGGUGGUUUAGGUGGACAGACUGUAUCUACCUGUAUAGGGAUGGUCAUGUGACAGUGAGGGGGGAAUAUGAGGACAGAUGGGGCAACGUGAUAAACUAUGAGGGCAGAGUGAGUGUGGACCCCCAGCAGCUGCAGACAGGAGACGUGUCUCUGAAACUAAAGGGGUUUAGAUGGGAAGAUGUGGGAUACUACACCUGCCAGGUCAUCAGUGGAGAACACACACAUGAGGGGAGAGUCAAGUUGAAUGAAUGGGUUG